CUCGAUUCAGUUGAGUCGAUCCUGAAGACGCGCCUGACCACGUCGAUACUGAACCAAGGCACUGACUUGCAACGACCGCAUACCACUCAGCGUAGUCCACCAUGACUGCAGCAAAUGCAUCGGACCCAAUACCCAUUGAGACGUCCCAUGAGGACAUGAUCCAUGAUGCCCAACUGGACUACUACGGGAAACGUCUCGCAACUUGCUCUUCUGACCGAACGGUGAAAGUGUUUGAUGUUGUCGACGGGGAGACUCAGAGAAACAGCGGACAGACAUUGAAAGGUCACACAGGCCCCGUAUGGCAAGUCGCUUGGGCACAUCCGAAAUUCGGACACAUUCUUGCGUCUUGCUCGUAUGACGGCAAGGUCAUCAUCUGGAAGGAGCAACAAGGUCAACCUGGUGCGACUGGAUGGGCAAAGAUCAAGGAACACAGUCUCCACGUAGCCUCAGUUAAUUCUGUAUCAUGGGCACCCCAUGAACUUGGUGCAAUCCUUGCAUGCGCAUCUUCGGACGGCAAGAUCUCCGUCCUCACAUUCAAAAACGACGGUCAAUGGGGCGCCGACAUUUUCAUCGGACAUGCUAUCGGUUGUAACGCGGUCUCGUGGGCACCCGCCGUUCAACCAGGUUCGCUUAUUGCCCCUCAACCCACUGAGACACUCCCAGGUCAGCAUCCAUCCAGCAUCCAGACCGUCAAGCGAUUUGCCAGUGCGGGGUGCGACAAUUUAGUGAAGAUCUGGGGUUUCCGGGAUGAUACCCAAGCUUGGGUGGAAGAAGAGGUCUUGGAUGGUCAUACUGAUUGGGUCCGUGAUGUUGCCUGGGCUCCUAACAUCGGUCUCCCUCGAAGCUAUAUUGCUACCGCAUCGCAGGAUAAGACGGUCCUCAUUUGGACUAAAGACACGCCUACUUCGCCGUGGGUGAAGACUGCAUUGGACCCCUCGGCGUCUGCCGCUGCUGGUGCUCCAGGGGGUGCACCUGGCAAGUUCCCCGACGUUGUAUGGAGAGUCUCCUGGUCUCUGGCAGGGAACAUUCUUGCCGUCAGCUGUGGCGACGGCAAGGUCACAUUGUGGAAGGAGAACUUGAAGGGCACAUGGGAAUGUGUGAGUGAUAUCACGAGUUGAUCGUACAUGUCUUGCAGGACGGCACUUCUGUCCUGUGGAUGUGUCAUUUGUAGUUGAAAGAUAGUAGGUUUCUCUGUAUUUAUUUUUGUUUCGGACCGAUUCCUUUCAGAAAGCCAACAGAACACUGUCACUGGUAUGGUCGUCAAACUGACAUACGAAUUUGUCACCUCAAAGUUUGAACUCUGCUAAUUUUGAAACAUGGUUUGGAUGCGGUUACGACGCCAGACAAUGACAUUAACAGCUGCCUUCAAGCUACAUGUCUUUUGCUCACAUCGAUAUUUCCAUUCCAUCCGUCAUACACUUCAGUUGUAAGGUUCUACGAAAUGAUACAUCUCUGCCUGAACAAAUCAAGCCCCAGAACUGUUACAAGUUGAGUCAUGCCAAUAGGCUGGAUGUCGCUACAAACAGUGUCUACA